GAGGGCGCCCACAACUUGAGAACCAUCCCUCGGACGAAUCAGUUCCCACCUUCGAAUAUGGCAGAUGAGACAGAGCCCUCAGCCCACCGCACGGGGAGCAAGUCUCCCACAGAGCCUGGCUCCUCUCCACCUGGAAAUGAGGCGCCACUGGAGGCUGGUGAUAAUCCCGCCGACGACGGUGACUCUGCUUUCGGAUCCGAGCCUGCCAGUUCGACAACAUCGAUUACCUCGAGUAUUCUAGAGUAUCGAACUGUGCACGGGAGAAGAUACCAUUCUGACAGAGGAGAUGCCGCUUACUGGGCGCCCAAUGAUGAGCAGCAGAAUGAGUCUAUGGAUAUCAACCACCAUCAGCUCACGUUAGUUCUUGGGGAUAAACUGUACCUCUCGCCAUUGAAGCAGGACAUCCAGCGUGUUCUUGACAUCGGUACUGGAACGGGAAUCUGGGCCAUUGACUUUGCUGAUGAGUUUCCAAACGCCGAGGUGACGGGCACAGAUAUCUCUGUGAUCCAGCCUCAAUGGGUUCCUCCCAACCUCAAAUUCGAAAUCGAGGACUGCACACAAACCUGGACUUUUGACGAAAACUCGAUCGAUUACGUCCACAUGCGAUACCUCAUCGGAAGCAUUAAGGACUGGCCGGCUUUGAUGAAGGAAGCCUUCCGCGUCUGCAAGCCGGGAGGCUAUGUCGAGAGCUACGAGGGCUCUCCGGAUAUGGAGAGCGAUGACGAUACCGUCCCUAAGGAUAGUGCUAUGGCCGAUUGGGGUCCCAUCUUUAAGGAGGCCGGAGCCAAGAUCAGCCGUCCGUUCACCAUCUUGCAUGAGGAUCUGGCCCGCAAGGCCAUGGAGGAAGCCGGGUUCGUGGACGUUGAAUCAAGAGACUUCAAGGCUCCUGUUGGUGCUUGGCCAAAAGACAAGAACAUGCGCGAAAUCGGACAGUUUGCCCAAGUAGCACUAGAGCAAGACAUUGAGGGCUACGUCCUCGGAGUCGCUGGUCUAGCACGCGGAUGGUCCAAAGAUGAAGUGGCAGUCUACUGCGCCAAGCUUCGUCAAGAAAUCAGGUCGCUGAAGCAGCACGCGUAUUAUCGCAUCCGCGUUGUUUACGGCCGAAAGCCGGAGGACAUUGCGUAA